GUGCCGAUGGGUGCCAAGGCGGCCGCGUCGGCGGCGGCCGGCACGGCGGUGCUAGUGUACCUCGUGCUCUCCGGCCGGCUCUCCCCCGGCGGGGAGGCGCGGAGCCUGCGGCGGCGGAAGGGGGACGAGGAAUCCAGGAAGGGGUGGCCGGAGAGGGCGCCGGCGGGAUGGAGGGAGGCGGCGGCGGUGGCGGCGAGGACGGUGGGGUUCACGUACCGGGAGACGCUGGGGAAGUGGCCGCUCGGGGACAUCGCCUUCGGGAUCAGCCACUGCAUGCGCAUCCAGGGCAAUCUGCAGCAUGAGUACACUGGUAGCAACUGUGUGCCCCUGGAAGGUCCUGUGGCAAGGCAGGAGCUGAUUGCACUUCUGAGAUAUCUCAGACUCUGCAUGUUCUUCGCAAAGAAGCCAUAUGAAGUGUUCCUGGAAUUUGGUGGAUAUGGCCACAGUGAUAUCCUCAUAAGGCAAUCAAAGGCAAGGGUUAUGAAGCCAUCGUUCACAGUUGUUCGCGACGGAAGUACUAAAUCCUUCAUCAUUUUCAUUCGAGGGGCUACCAGUGUUAAGGAUCGCCUGACGGCAGCAACUGCAGCAGAAGUUCCAUUUCAUCAUGUUGUGUUGAAAGAUGGCCGUGUUUCCAAUGUAGUUGCUGGGCAUGCGCAUUGCGGAAUGGCUGCAGCAGCUCGCUGGAUUGCAGAUCAGGCCAUUCCCUGUCUCAGCAGGGCCGUUGAGCAUUUCCCAGACUACAGAAUUAAGAUCAUUGGGCAUUCAAUGGGUGCUGGUAUUGCAGCGAUCUUAACAUACAUGCUACGUGAGAACAAGAAGUUGUCAUCAUCCUCAUGCAUUGCCUUUGGACCAGCUGCUUGCAUGACCUGGGACUUGGCUGAGUCAGGCAAAGAGUUUGUUACCACUGUUGUCAACAGAGACGACCUGGUUCCAUCUUUUGGUAAAGUUUCAGCUGACAACCUUCACACAGAGGUAAUGGGGUCAUCUUGGGCACAUGAUCUCCAGGAGAAAAUUCAACAGACAAGGAUCUUGGGUUUCGUAAAUCGUUCUGUGACCUUCAUGAAAUCCCAGUUCCCUUUCAUAUCCAACCCAGGAUCUAAAGUUUCAGAUGCUCAUAUGAUGCUAUCUGGCACAUCUGAGGCUGAGACAACACUUUCAGCAGAUGCGCGUGCUGCAAUCAAGAAACACUCUGCAUUAUCGAUCUGGUCAAGUGUUCCUUCAAACAGGAAAAAUGUCGAGUCUUUGGUGAACCCAGCACAGAACAUUGCGGCACUAAUGUCCACCUAUGUGGGAACUGAGAAUGACUCCAAAGAACAUAAUGAUCAGAAAUCAGGUACCAAACAAAUCGACAGGCAAGAUCAAGAAUCAGAUGAAGAGAAUCUGGAGCGAUUUCUAGAAGCAUUGCGAUCAUCGCCGAGUGCAUCUCAGGAGCCUCUCCAGUUCUACCCUCCUGGGAGGAUCAUGCACAUGGUUGUGCUCCCAGCUCCAAAAGAGCCAAGCAGCAUUGAGCAAUGCAGCCAGAAUGAGCUUGUCUCCCUCUAUGAGACCCCUCGCAGCAUGUACAGUAAGAUUCGGCUUGCGAGAUCUAUGAUAAGAGACCAUUACAUGCCUAGGUACAUAGAGACAAUGGAGAUGCUGGUUGACAAGCUUGCACAAGAGAACAUUCAUAGAUGACCAACUGCACUUCACUGAAAAGGAGUAGUACUAUAGGCUAAACUGUAAUUGUACAGCGCACAACACAGUACAUAGAAGCAUUAUUUGGAUUUCUGGAACCCAAUGCUAGGUGGGUUCAUGAACUAGAAAACUUGAAUCUGUGGCAAUUGGCAUUGUAUCCAUCACAGGAGCUUAAGAAGAUGUCGAACUUUGCAGCAAUUUAUUGCUUAGAUUUUUUUGCAAUGCUUGAUGUUGUUUUCUGCCGUCACAACCAUGUCUAAACCUGUGAAAUUCGGAUGGUAAUCUUGUCUAAUAA